GGGGCUUUCCUUUACCUCCUUAACUCCUUUCCUAAGCCCAUUUCCUCUAAGACAUACUUCUCCUACCUCUGUAAUUAACCAUUAAAUGUUCUUUUACACUUUGGGUCUUGCCCCAUAUUCUUACCCAGCUCCAGUGCUGCAGGCACAUUGUUCCGGGGCCUUAUGCUGCUCCUGGUGCCCGUCACCCACUGAGGAAGAUCCCCGCCGGGCGAGGGGCGGGAGGGAUCCUUCUCUCUCAGCUCCAAUAACUAAGGACCAGAAGCUCCCUGUGACCAGGACCUCCCGCGAACGAUGGACAACCUCACAUCGUCCACUUCCAGUACGAGGUCACGAGGGGAAGGUCUCUCCCUGGGCUGCGGACCAGUCCUGUGCAGCCAGAGCCAGUUUAUAAAAAUCCCAGGUGGAGUGUUAGCUGAUGGGAGCAAAGGCGGGUUGUCAGCACAGCUGGAGUUUGCGGAAGAGAAGAUGAAAGUGAACUAUGUCUCCAUCUGCAUCCGGAAAGGCUGGGAAGACAGAGCUCCACUCCUGAAGACCUUCAGCUUCUUGGGCUUUGAGGUUGUACGGCCAGGCCAGCCCUGUGUACCCUCUCAGCCAGAUGUGAUGCUCAGGGUUUACCCGCUGGACCGGAACUUGUCCCAUGAGCACUAACGGUCAGAGGAUGCUGUGCCCAAGAGCCACAGUGGGGACAGAGGGGGUUAGGCAGCCCUGGGACUGAGGAGGGGGCUCCUCGCUGACUAGGGAAGGGCGCUGAGGGGCUCAGGGUGAGGGCUGCCUAUUGUAUUCUUGGUGUUGACUCGUUGAAAUUGUUUUCCAUAAGGAACAGUAUAAACCUAUUAUUCCCAUGUGACCACCAGUAGUAAAUGAAGAUGUUUAUGAAGUGGCCUUCGAAGCUUUCUAAACUGCGUUGUGCGAUGUGCUCUAUCUAGCCUACGGGGAGGACAUUGCCUAGAGGGGGAGGGACUACCUGGGUCUGGGCCAAGACCUGGAGGGUUGGUGGGUAGCACUGUCAGGCUCAGGCCCCCCAGCUACUGGGCUUUCUCUCUGGUUUUUAAGACUUGUGUAUUUCCUUUCCUCG